AUGUUUUCAUGCAAAAAAGAUGUGACGAACGUAUUGUCUGUUUUAAUAUAUUGUCCUCAGGAUAAAACUUUCUUAAUUCUUUUUGAUGAAGAAAGAAAAGAUUUUUGGAUACCGUCAACAAGUAUAGAUGAUGAUUUUAGUUGGAAAGAAAACUUGGAACAUUUUAAAAAAAAUUCACAAUUAAGAAGCUUAGAAAUAUUGGAAAUUACAAACAAUUACUCUUCUGAUUGUCUUAAAAAUUCAAAAAAUAUAACUGGAGAACUUCAUUCUAUGGGACCCUUAACUGAAAUUAAAGAAGGCGAUGUAUUGGUUACUCCAGACAAUUGUCUCGAACCAAAAUAUUUAGAAAUUUUAGAUUCUGCUAACAUUCCAAUCGAAGGACAAUAUAAGUUGUAUGAAGAUUUUUUUUUGCAUACUUAUCCGUGCAUUUAUAUGAAUUUAAGCGCAUUUACAAAAUGUAUAUCAAAAUUCAAAUAUGUUUGCGACACAAAUUCAUUAUUUAAUGCUGCCGAUGUUUGUAAAAGAAAUUUUCUUACAUUUAAAGAAUAUCUAUUAUUAAUAGCAAUUAUGGAGCCCUACACAUCCCAUUAUGGAACUUUGGGAGAAAUAAGAUGUCAAUAUAUAUUUAGAUAUUACAAUCAAAGUAAAAAUGGAAAAAUAAAUUUCAAUGAAUUUAAAAAUUUAUGUAAUGAUUUAUUGCAAGCGAAUAAAGACAAUGAAAAAAUAGAAUCGAAAAAAGAAAAUAAAUUCGAUUUAGCAAAACAUAUUGAAUUUAAAAGAAAUUCUGAAAUGACAUUCGAACAAUUCUACCAUUAUGUUACCCUGUCUAAAAUACAAAAUACAUCUCUUUUACUUCGAUUUUCACAAGAACACUGUUUCACAGCAUUGUCAGAUCAACAAAGUUUUCAAGAAAAUAUCAUUUUUGAAAAAAUAAUUAUACCCCCAGGUUUACGAAUAAAAGAAUCUGAAAGUGAUUACAAGUUAAUCCUUAAACCAACAUUUCUGAAACCAGAAGAAUCUUCUUUGGAAGUAAAAGAUGUUCGAUUUUUAGAAGACACAAUGACAAAAUCAGUACAAGAGGAUUUAAAAAUUUUAUCAAAUAUAAAAAUCACUCGUAAAAGUUCACUUAAUUUAGAAGGAAAAGUCGAUGAAUUGUUAUUGGCAUUAAAAUAUUUUUGUACAGAAGUGUGUCAGAGUCCAAUAUUUUGUGGGGAAGUUGAAUUUGAAGAAAAGGAAGCUUACAGUUGGGGUUCUGCAUAUUUGGAAAAACUAGGAAUUAGUCUCAUGAUGAUUUGUGAGCACCUGAAGGAAAUAUUUAGUAAAGAACCUCGAUUGCUGAGGAUAAAUUCACCGGUUUAUGUCUUUGGAGACUUGCACGGAAAUUAUCACGAUUUAAUGUGUUUGGAAAAAACAUUAUGGAGAAACGGUUUGGAUUUUUUCCCUGCAAAAGUAAUGUUGUUGGGAGAUUAUGUCGAUCGAGGAUCUCACGGUUUGGAAACGGUCAUGUACCUAUUUGCAAACAAAUUAAAAAAUCCAAAUAAGGUGUACCUGAUAAGGGGAAAUCACGAAGUACGGGAAAUACAAAAAAUGUUUACGUUUCAAAGGUAG